AUGGAUGAGUUUCAAGCAGCGCUUUUGGAGCAUGGCUUAGAUGAGCAGACGAUAGAUGCUCUCCCGGCAGUUUCUGAGGAGGAAUUGAAGGAGAUGAUGGCGGGCUAUGAGGAGGAUGAUCAACUUCAGGAGGCAGGAGAGCAGACUAAUGGUGCAGAAGAGAAGAAUAAGGACACUAUGGAGCAGGCACAGAAGCAGGGGACUCGUAAAAGGCUGUUCAAGUCAUCAGUCAUUGUUGCAGGAAGCACAAAGAUGAGGAAUGCAGUUGCGCUUGUAUCCCCUCGCAAACGUGCAGCAGCCAGGAUGGGGACUCGUAAAGGGGAUACAAAUAAGGAAUUGGAGAGUAAGGAGACAAAGCAAGAAUUUGAGUUUGCUCAGAAAUUUCAAGGUCAUUUUGGAUUUGAUAAUUUGGUCACAGUGGAUCCUGUGGGAAGAAGUGGUGGAUUAGCACUUUAUUACAAUAAUGAGUAUCAGGUUAAUGUGUUAUAUUCAAGUAAUCGCAUGAUAGAUGUGGAAGCAGUGGCUCUUGGGAAAACGGUAUAUAUGACGUUUGUGUAUGGAGAUCCAGUCCAAGAUUUACGAGAACAAGUGUGGGAACGUUUAACUAGAUAUGGGAUUUCGAGAUCAGAGCCUUGGAAUUAUGGUUUACUGGAGUUCCCAGUCAAAGGAAAUAAGUUGUCCUUGCAAGGCAGAAGGGGUAAGGGUAAAGGGGCAGUCACGGUUAGAUGUCGGUUGGAUCGUGCAUUAGCGAAUGAAGAAUGGCAUACGCUAUUCCCAUGUUCUUAUACAGAAUAUUUAGGCCUGGUGGCAUCGGAUCAUCGUCCAGUAGUGGCUUAUUUGGAAGAUAAAGUUAUUAGGAGGAAAGGGCAGUUUAGAUUUGAUAAGAGAUGGGUUGGACAAGAAGGUCUUAUGGAAUCAAUUACAAGGGGUUGGUCCGAUAAUAAUGAAGGAACAAGAACUGGUAUAGUGGAACAAAUUAGUAACUGCCGCCGGGAGAUAGCCAAAUGGAGGAAAAAUAAUCCUCCUUAUGGGAAGGAAAAGAUAGCGGACUUGCAAAAAGCGCUUGAAGAGGUACAAACAGAUGAUUCUAGAUCUCAGGAGGAUAUUAUGGAGGUAUCUAGGAAAUUGCAAGAGGCAUAUAAGGAUGAGGAAGAGUAUUGGCACCAGAAAAGUAGAAAUAUGUGGUAUUCAUCUGGAGAUCUUAAUACAAAAUUCUACCAUGCUUUAACUAAGCAACGAAGGGCUCGUAAUAUGAUAGUGGGGCUACAUGAUGGGGAGGGAAACUGGAUUACAGAGGACAAUGGAAUAGAGAGAGUGGCGGUGGAAUAUUUUUAA